AAGAUUUCUAACGAGAGGCAAGAAGUAAUUUAGACGUUACAGUGCAGAGCAGUUCACACUGGUGAAAUGUGAGAGAAGGCUUUGAAAGGUCCAACAAAAGUAAAGUUCGAUGACAAAGAAUGCUGUGUACAUAGCCGCACAGUUUUCUAACACGGGAAAAAAAAAACGUAGCUUCCCGACUGGUUGACCAACCGUACUCUCCAGCGCCAUCUUUCGACAUACAUGAGUAAAACGCAGAACACAGCCUACAAAAGGCUUCGAAUCAUUGCGGCAGCACCGAAAUCAAUAAACGGUGGCCAGUUCAUCCAGCGUUUCGACCCGCAGACCCUGAAAUGGGAGGGUCUGACUCAACGUAGUUAGACGACGCCUUCCUUGAUUUUUUCCUGCCUUCCUGUUUGAGGAUGAGACUUCCCAGCUCUAUUUUUGUGUCUGUCUCCCUAUUCACAGCCGAGACGAUCGCUGCCCUGUACCUCAGCAGCACUUACAGAUCAGCGGGAGACAGGAUCUGGCAAGGCUUGACGCUUCUCUUUACGCUGGUGCCUUCAGUUCUGGUGCAGCUCACCCUUAUUUUUAUCCAUAGGGAUCUCAGCCGAGACAGACCUCUGGUGCUGCUCCUGCACAUAUUUCAGCUGGGACCAAUCGUCAGGUGUUUUGAAGCAUCUUUCAUCUAUGGAAAUGCAAGCAGUACAGAGGAACCGUAUGUCAGUAUUACCCGGAAAAGGCAGAUGCCCAAAGGUGGCCUCUCAGAGGAAGUUGAGAAAGAGGUUGGACAAGCAGAAGGAAAAUUAUUUACCCAUCGGGCCGCAUUUGCAAGGACAUCUGUAAUCCAGGCUUUUUUAGGGUCAGCACCCCAGCUCACUCUUCAACUCUAUGUUUGUGUGCUUCAACAAGAUGUUUCAGUUGGAAGAGGCAUACUGAUGACUAUUUCCCUGCUUUCAAUUGUUUAUGGGGCUCUGCGUUGCAACAUUCUCGCCAUAAAGAUCAAGUAUGAUGAUUAUGAAGUGGAUGUGAGACCAGCGGCAUAUCUCUGCAUAUUCCUAUGGAGGAGUUUUGAGAUUGCAGUAAGGGUUGUCGUUUUAGUUCUUUUCAGCUCUGUCCUACAGAUAUGGAUUCUACCAGUGGUUCUGCUCAAUUUCUUUAUUUUCUUCUUCUAUCCUUGGAUUCUGUUCUGGCAAAGCAAGUCCCCCUUUCCAGAAAACAUUGAAAAGACAUUGACAAGAGUGGGUACUACCAUUGUUUUGUGCCUUUUGACCUUUCUUUAUGCUGGCAUCAAUAUGUUUUGUUGGUCAGCUGUGCAGCUAAAACUUAAUGACCCCGACUUGAUCAACAAGUCCCAAAAUUGGUAUAGAAUGGCAGUUUAUUACAUGUUGAGGUUUGUUGAGAAUGCCACACUAAUUCUGCUCUGGUAUGUUUUUCAAACAGACUUCUACAGAUAUAUCUGUGCGCCUUUGCUUGUCUUGCAGCUGCUGAUUGGUUACUCCCUAGCAAUAUUUUUUAUGCUUGUAUUCUAUCAGUUUUGCCACCCUUGCAAAAAACUGUUUUCUUCAAGUAUUUCUCAAGGAAUGUGGGAGUGUUCUGAGUUACUUUGCCUUCUGUGUCAAAAACGUAACACAAGAGAACCUGAUGACAAGCCUAACUUGGAACCGUCAAGCACAUUUGACAAAGACAUCACAAAUGAUACACUAAAUGAGUCACAGAAUGGGAUAACCAGUCAGGAUCUCUCUGUUAAUCCAUGAAGAAACUGGAAAAUACUGGUAAACUAAUAGAACUACGUUUACACCAGAUGGAAAGAAGUGCAAGUUCUAUACUUGAACAACUCAUUUUCAGGAUUAAAAAGUUAGAUCUCUGUACAGAUUUGAGAGUCUCAUUCAGUAAGUUCUUUCAUUCUUUGUUUGUAUUAUAUUUCAUAUGUGGCUGUGGCUGGCUCUUAACAUAACAUAACACUUUGAAACCCACUUAAUCCAAUUCCGGGUUACUAGGGAAGCAAAGCCUAUCCAAGAUAAUAUUAAACAUACUUGAACAAGACCAUCUAAGACAGUUACAGU